CGCGGCGGGGCGCGGGCUGCGCUCGCCAGGGUGCCGCGGGCGCCGCCCCGCGCGCAGGCGCCGGCCCGGGCGGGCCGGGUUGUUUGUGACGGCGUCACCGGCGGCUGCGGCCGCGGCCCCUCGUCCGUGCCGGGCCCCGCGAGGGCCGCGCUCAGUGUGCUUUGAAAAUGUCCGAAAAUUCCAGUGACAGUGAUUCAUCGUGCGGCUGGACUGUCAUCAAUCACGAGGGUUCUGACAUAGAGACAGUGACCUCAGAAAAUGGAAGCACGAAUGACAAUCAUGAGUUUGUUUCAGAAGAAUAUGUUUCUUUGCAAGAAGAGGAGCAGGCAAAUGAUGUGCAAGCUCAGUGCAGCAAUGAUGAAGAGAUCCCAGCAGUAGAUAAUACUCUAGCUGGUUUUGAGGAAACUCAGACAGUUCCAGAGGGAAAUAAAGAAAAAGUUCCUGAUGAUGUGUCCUGCAUUGGAACUAUUAGUGAUGAUUCUGACAUCGUUACACUUGAAGCUCCAAAACCAGAAGAAACUCAGAGUCAGGAGGAAGCUCCAGCUGAUGGUGAAGAAGCUCAGAGUUCAGAGGACUUUAACAUGGGCUCCUCCUCUAGCAGUCAAUAUGCAUUUUCCCAUGUAGAAACUGUUUUCCCCUCUCAGGCCGGCCCCGAGGAGUCCAGCAGCGAUGAGAGCAGCAGGCAGAGCAGCCCGGCCGUGCGCAAGCGGCGCCCGCGGAAGCGCGGCGUGUCCGGCGGGGAGCCCGAGGGGCCGGCCCCGGCCGAGCCCCAGGCGGAGCCGCCCCGGGACGAGCAGCCCCAGCGCCACUUCAGCAGCGGCCUCAACAGAUGCAUCAUCCUGGCGCUGGUGAUCGCCAUCAGCAUGGGCUUCGGGCACUUCUACGGUACAGUGCAGGUCCAGAAACGGCAGCAGCUGGUGACAAAGACACGUGAAAUAAAAGAUCUGAAAGAUGACCUUUACCAGUGCCAACAAGAGCAAGGAGAUCAAGUGCACCACAAAGUGGGGUCACUCAAGGGAGAUCUUGCCACAUGUUUGACCUUUACUGAGGUGGAGAAGAAAUCCUUUGAUUCUCAAAAAAAAAGUCUUGCUGCAGAAAAUCAGCACCUAAGAGAAUCUCUAGAGAAAGAAGAAAAGGCUUUGGCCUCACUUCAGGAAGAAUUAAGGAAGCUAAGACAACAAAUUAGAAACUUAGAAGAUAAAGGUAGUAGCACCGAAUCUAUUGUAAUAGAAAAUCAGAAACUAAGGGAGCAUUUGGAAGAGGAAAAGCAAAGGAACAGCAAUUUUCUCAGGCAAAAGGAAACACUCUUUGCAGAGGCACAGAUGCUCAGGCGAGAACUGGACAAAGAACGUCAUGUUACAGAAGCUCUGAAAAAAGAGCUAGAACAGUUAAGUUCUCGUCAUGCACCUGACAGUGCUGAUGAUGAUGAUGAUGAGACAUUAAGAGAAAAUCAAGAAAUAGAAACUCUGCGAGGAAGACUGGCAGAACUAGAAAAGAAGCUAAACUUUGAGCAACAACGCUCUGACUUAUGGGAGAAGCUGUAUGUUGAAGCAAAAGACCAAUCUGAAAAACAAGAAAUUAAUGAAAAUGGACAAAAGAAAAGUGUUAAAGGGCAGAGUAAGAGUAGAAAGAAAUCAAAGGAGACAUUUUUUGGUUCAGUUAAAGAAACUUUUGAUGCUAUGAAAAAUUCCACAAAAGAGUUUGUAAGACACCAUAAAGAAAAGAUUAAGCAGGCUAAAGAAGCAGUAAAAGAAAACUUGAAAAAAUUCUCUGAUUCUGUAAAGUCUACAUUCAGACACUUCAAAGAUACCACAAAAAACAUCUUUGAUGAAAAAGAGAAGUCAUCAAGCGAUAAAAGACAUGAAACAAACAAGAAAGCUCGAACUUUUUACCAAGACCAUAACUCCUACGAGAAUCUGAAGCACAUGCAUUACAGGGGACCUCACAUGCCAAAAGAAUCCAGAAAUGGAAGGAAACAUCAUUUUACAACAUUUGAAAAAGAUUCAGAUUCCCAGAAAUGUCUCAAUGAUCAUUUGUGUAAUAGAAAACAUCAGUUUGCCCUAAAGGGCUGCUCUGGUAUUUUUGAAUGUGCUCAUCAAGAAUUCAUUAGUCUCUUUAACAGAGUUUCGGAUCCCAUCAGGGUGGAUGAAUUUAAUCGGCUAAUGAGAAAGUAUUUACAGCAAGUUGUACAUAACUUUCAUCACUGGAGAGAACUAGAAAAUUUCAUCAAUAAGUUUUUUCAUAAUGGAUUGUUUAUACAUGACCAGAUGCUGUUCACUGAUUUUGUUAAUGAUGUCAAGGAUUACCUGGAAGAUAUGAAGGAAUACCAAAGUAAUAAUGAGAAGGUUUUUGAGGAUUUGGACAAAUAUGUCUACAGAUACUACUUCCAUUAUGAUAAUUCACCCCAGUAUGGACCCAGUCGACCUAAAAGACCUUUUACACAAAGUGAAAAUUCCAGACAUGAAAAACAAGCUCAGAAGUACCAACACCGUAAUAAACGAGAAGGUAAAUGGCAUAAACAUGGUCGCACUAAUGGAAGACACAUGGCAAAUCUUGAAAUAGAAUUGGGGCAACUACCCUUUGAUCCAAAAUACUGAGUAAUUUAUUGUAAAAAUGAAGAUUAAAAUUCACAUGCUCUCUGGAAACUAAUUGUUUUUCAACAAAGCAGCAAAAUGCAAGGGUUUUUUUUUCUGAAUAAUUUGAUUUUUACACAUUUUUGUUAACAGGCAGAAGUCAGGCUUUCUGAUUUGCAUAUUCUGUACCGUUGCUUUAACUGUCCUUUGGAAGUAAAGAUAGUUUGGGUGCCAGCAGUAUUGUUGCAGAAACUAGGCAUGCCAUGACCUGUGUAUGAAAAAAUGCUUAAUUGCAUUCCAUUAGUGUAGUUAAAGCUUGAGCCAUGCAUAAUGUACCAACUACUAACUCCAAUGUUUGAUAUACUAACUUCAUCUCAUCCUUCAAAAAAUAGAUCAACAUUGUGGUAAUGUAUUUGUUAGUGUUCUGUAACCUUAUAUUUGCUUCCUGUCUUUGGGGGGGUUCAAGAGCCUGUUCAAUUGUGAAGAAUUUGCUGUGCUGCAUUCUAAUCAGCGUGCUGAUUUAAACACUUGAAAUGUCUUGCAUAUCUGCAUAUUGUAGAAGAAAAAUAAAAGAGACAUUGUGGGUAAAAGUCUUUAUUUAUAAAAAAACUCAGCAUAGCUGUACAGUUCUAUAAAAACAGUCCAGUCUUGUCUGUAUUUUAUUGCUUUAGCAUUCAUAUGGUAAUUUUGGUCUUCCCAAUGUUUUCUAGUGUUGUAAGGUAGGUCAGCAGCCCCAUCCUGCCCUACUGCUACUGAAGCUGCCUUCAGGAGGAGGUUUAUUUGUUUGCAGGCAGCCACUGGCUGCCUCAUUCCCACUGACCCCCCCAGUUUCAGACUCACUGCUUUCUCCUUUCUGCAGUACCAGGUGUAAGCAUAGCUACUGAUAUGCAAACCUGAUCUCAAUAGCUCUGAGGUCCAGCCUGAUCUUCAGGGAUAAUUAAUUUCAGUUUUUCUCCUGUAGAUGGAGAUGUGGCUUCCAACUCGUCCUUCAGGUACAUGAGUAUGAAAGAGAGUGGCUGUUUUCUCAUAGCCCCUUAAAGCUAGAAAUGAUGAUAUUUCCUGCAAAUGAACACACAUUAAUUGCCACAGUAAGAAAACACAGCUGGGAGCCUAAGAAUAGUGUUCCAAAGUCUCUUGACAACCAUCAGUUCAGUUGUCCCUGGGAAGCUUUAUCCUUUAUUUUAGGAAAGCCUGCUAGAAAAAAAAGUACCUAUCCUGUUUGAUCCUGUCUGGAGCAGCUAUGGACUUCAUUAAAGAUUUGAGAGGUUAAAAGGUACUGUGACUGCAGGUGUUUUUAGUUUUCAUUGUUGCUUACUUAAAAGUGCAGUUUCUGGGAACAGAUGGCACAUUUGUUUUAACAUGGAUUGAGAAGAAUUCCAUAAAACUUUGCACAGGGGAGAGGGAACAUGAACAUUAAAUAUAUAGCAGUGGAAUGAUAUCAAUGAUCUUGUUAUGGGCUAGAGGGGUCAAUUUUAAUAUAAGCUAUGUUUUAAAAAGUUGUGAACAACAAUUUUCAAAAAUUUAAACUAUAACUCUUCCCUAAUUUAUCUUGUAGCUUGUGCUCAGAAGUAGUUUGUUUCAUCUUGCAGUUACCAUACCUGUUCUAGCACAUUGAAGAGGAUCAAGUGACUGGGUAAUAAUGUGUCAUUGUAGAACUCCUUAUUCAGCCAGCCAAGUGGAUUAGAGUAAAACACAUCUGCUUCAUCAACGUAGCUCGCGUUGCCAGUUAGGUCUGGGGGACACUGAAGAAAUCUCAUUUUUAGAGGACAGUGAACAUGACUAGGGAGAAAAACAAAAACAUAUUUCAUGAUAAACUGAUAAGAAUCAGAGAUUUGAAAUGACUCAUCACUUCAAAAGACAACCUCAGUCAAAACAAAAAAUCAAUUAAUUUUUUUUCCUCAGAGUAGUAUUUUCCUCCCUUCAAUACUUCAUAUGAAAGCAAAGUAGAGCGAGCAGACUCAGCUCCAAACUGCUGGGACUGUGUUGUUAGCAGUUAACAGAAAAUACAUUUAUCUUAAUAAAAAUACCAUUUGCACAACAGCAGUUUCUUAAAAAGGUACUUUUCCAUAUCAGCUUCAGUAUUUAUAUCUGCUUUAACAUUUUGUUUACUUACCAGGAUCUACUGAAAACCUUUUGCAAUGACCUAAAUCACUGUUGUAAUGACAUUUCUUUACUGCCUAGCAGCAGAAGUAAAAUUAAUACAUUUUGAUUGUAACAAUUAGUGUUUAAUUUUGCUAAAAAUGUUAUCAUAAUGAAGAAGUGUGACAUACUUAAGUGAAGUCAUUAGACUUACUGCAUAUCCUCAUACAAAGCUAUUUCACAAAAAUGAGUAAAGCUUAGAUGCUGAAUUUUAUUCUGUGCUAUAAGCAUUUGGCUUAUGUCCCCUAUUCACUCUGUAUUAACUGUAUGAAAAAUCAAAACUCCUCCUGUAUGCAUUUAUAUAUCUCAAUUUAUUAAGCUUUGGAAAAAAGAAAUCUUGAUUUCUGAUUAAGCGUUUGGAUUUUAAUGUAGUGCACUGUUGACACUUUUAAUACCUGUAAAAUGGGGUAGAGUGGCACGGCAUCAGGAUGAAGACAAAAGCUUGGGACUGCUGAGAGUGAUUGCAGAGCUGCUGGAUGUGACUCAUAACAUCCAGAGUGCCCCGCUGGUGAACCAAGCCUGUGUACAGGGCUGGGACUAAAUUGGAUAACAGCAGGAAACUUGCUGCAGUUCUCUUCCAUGCUUUCAGGUAUCUCAAAGAAUAUCCUAUAGAAACAUUUGAGUAAGUUUGGGAGAUAAAACAAUUCACACAUUUUUGAAAGUGCCCUAAUACAGUGGCAAAACAUUACUCAGCCAGUAACAAUACUUUGCUUUGAGAUACUUUAUACUACAGUGUUGAGUCUUUACUCAUUGAAAGGAAAUUCAAAUGCUUUGAAUUUCAAAUGUUUUGCUCUAUUAAUUCUUGGAUUUAACAGAGUAAAUCUUAAGCCCACGCCUGUCUCCUGAAAUACAAUUUCAAAACCAGUGCUUUGUCUCUUUAAAUUUAAUUUCUUGUAGUGCAAAACAGUCCAUUCAGUAGUUUGGCUGAAUGGUAUAUGGCAACUUCCUGAUGUGUUCUGAUUCAUGCACGUCCACGUAGAGCCAGAAUAAAUGGCAACUACAUCUGCAAGGCUGUGCUAGUCUUUUUCUCCAAACUGCUGAAAACUACAGAAUUCCUUUACUGUUAUUAAAUUUUGAGCUUCUGACCUUGGAAAAGCAUACUCCUUCAUUUUUUUUCCCAUCUCCAAUCACUGCCCCUUUGCCCUACUUUGCUUGAAGGAGCUAAUAAUGGGAAAAGGCACACAAUUGUCAUGUUUUUGUAGGAAUACUUUUAUCCGUGCUAAGGAUUCUUUAUCUGUGCUACAGUUACUUGCUCUCCCUCAUCCUUUUUCUUUCUCUUUUUAACUAGCUGUAAGAAAAGGCUACGCUAAUUCUAAGAAUCCUUUAUCAAAUACCUACAUUGACCAUUAACAGUCUCUCUUUGGGUAAAAAUUAUAUCCAGGUAAGGUUGCAAGACAUUUGAAACCAAUGCUUACCACAAAAAAUCAUGCAGAAUGGCAGUACUGGAUAGAUGAACCUGAAUUCCUUAUGGCUCAGUGUGCUGUAAUAAAACAUACAGUAAUACAGCAAGAAAGUUAAAUGCAGUUCUAUUGACAAAAUGUGUUUUAGGGCACAGAGGACUGGAAGAGGACGUGCAUGUAUUAAGAAGCUUUUGGUAUUGAAGCAGUUAAGAGUAAAAAUCCAAACUGUCACUUUUGAAGAACAUAAUAAGUACAUUCAAAUUAAGACUAUUUGGUCAGUUUAAACUAAGCACUGUUAAAAAUUCCUGGAUACUACAGUUAAGUGGUCUGAUUCUUUGACAACUAGAUGUAACUUAGCCAGUACUUCACCAAUCUGUUUUCUGUAAUAAGACACAAUAAAUAGUGUGGAUGAAAAGCUAA